AUUCCCAACCGUCAGAUGCAUAUCGCGUGGUGUGCAAAAAGAAUUUGGAUGUCCCCGGGGACCGUGUUGCAAAAUCCUGAAGGCAACCCUAAUUUUCCGAUUCAAACAGCUCAACCAGCUCAGAUUCGGUAUAUAUACUACAAGCAGAAAGCUUCCGUAGGGGUUGGCUGCCCCUCUCUCCCAUCCUUCUGCGCGAGUGUGCUUCUCCAGCUGAAGAACAACUUCAAUCAAUAACCAUGGGGAAGACUCGUGGAAUGGGAGCUGGUCGUAAGCUGAAGUCACACCGCAGAUUGCAGAGGUGGGCUGACAAAGCUUAUAAGAAGUCCCAUCUUGGGAAUGAGUGGAAAAAGCCAUUUGCCGGGUCAUCCCAUGCGAAAGGCAUUGUUUUGGAAAAGAUUGGAAUUGAGGCUAAGCAGCCUAACUCUGCCAUCAGGAAGUGUGCUCGUGUUCAGCUUAUUAAGAAUGGAAAGAAGAUUGCUGCAUUUGUGCCCAAUGAUGGUUGCUUAAACUAUAUUGAGGAGAAUGAUGAAGUGCUGAUUGCAGGAUUCGGACGGAAGGGGCAUGCCGUUGGUGAUAUUCCCGGAGUAAGAUUCAAGGUUGUAAAGGUUUCUGGUGUCUCUCUUUUGGCCCUCUUCAAGGAAAAGAAGGAGAAGCCAAGAUCUUAGGUUUAUUGCCGUGGGUAGGGAUUCCUUAUUUUGUACUUCUACCAAUGUCAAUGCGUGGUUAGUUUCAUGUUCGGUGAAGUGGACAAGUUUUCAUCAUUUUUUGAGUUCACCAAUUUAUGUGGUACGUUUUAUCUGUCUGUUUUGUUGACUGGGCGACUUGACAAAUAUUUUAUUAAAAAUCUUUAUGUAAA